ACUCACUCCAUCGUGAACCCAUGUGAUUCCAGCGCAAGGUGGUGACGACUGACGACUGAGGAGAAUGCCCGUGCCCUGUUCGUCUUGUUCCGCUCGCGUCGCCUCUGUUUCCGCGCUGUUUGCUCUGUUCCUCGCCGCCUGGUCUUGCUUCAGCCCGGCAGCCAGCCGCGAGCUGUGACGGCAUGGCUCCGGAGCGCCGACUACAGCCGGCGGUGCAGCAAGCAGCAACGUUGCAGGCCCGCGCGGAGCGAGGCCGCGUUGCCUAGAGGCAUCAUUGAGAGCCACUCGGACUUGGAGAUGCGAUCCAUUCAUGACGAUCUAACAAGUUGGCCUCCGCCAGCAGAAAGUGGCAAAAGGAGAAGCCUGCUGGCCGUUGCUGCUGGGAUCAAGCAGAAGGAGGUUGUGGAUAGGAUCGCCACCAAGUUCUUCUCCGACGGUUUCAGCAUAAUGAUCUUCCACUACGACGGCGUGGUGGAGCAGUGGGGGGAUCUGCGGUGGAGCAGCGCCGCCGUGCACGUCUCGGCGGUCAACCAGACGAAAUGGUGGUUCGCCAAGCGGUUCCUGCACCCGGACAUCGUCCACGAGUACGACUACAUCUUCGUCUGGGACGAAGACCUUGGAGUGCAGCAUUUUCAUCCUGCCAGAUAUGUGGCGAUUGUUGAAAAGGAAGGGCUUCAGAUAUCACAGCCUGCUCUAGACGCUACCAAUUCCAAGGUUCAUCACUGGAUCACUGCGCGUGCGCGGAAAGGGGGCUUCCAUAGAAGGAUUUACAAGCAAAAGGGAGUCACCAGGUGCUAUGAAAACAGUACGGCGCUUCCAUGCACUGGGUACUUGUUAUU